CUUCCGGCCUCCCUCUAGCUGCCAUCUUGCGUCCCCGCGUGUGCGCGCCUUCUCUCAGCCGGUCCGCCGAGACCCCCUGAGCGCCAACCCUAGUCCCCCGCGCGGCCCCAUUUCCGCUCCAACAAGGUACCGAAAGCAACGAAAGGUGUGCCGGACGCCGGCGUUGGGAAGAGGACGGGAGCGGGGGGCGGGAGAGCGCUUGGCGAGGCGAGGCGCGGCCGGCGAUGCGACGGACGGGCGGCCCGGCUCAGGCUGACUCUCGGGGGCGAGGUCGAGCCAGGGGCGGCUGCCCCGGGGGCGAGGAGGCGACGCCGUCUCUUCCUCCACCUCGCGGCGGAGCCCGAGCACCGGAGCCUCAGAUGAAAGAAACGAUGAACCAAGAGAAGCUCGCCAAGCUGCAGGCCCAAGUGCGCAUUGGUGGGAAAGGAACUGCUCGCAGAAAGAAGAAGGUGGUUCAUAGGACAGCUACAGCAGAUGAUAAAAAACUUCAGUUCUCCCUGAAGAAGUUAGGAGUAAACAAUAUUUCUGGCAUUGAAGAGGUGAAUAUGUUCACAAACCAAGGAACAGUGAUCCACUUUAACAACCCUAAAGUUCAGGCAUCCCUGGCAGCAAACACUUUCACCAUUACAGGCCAUGCUGAGACAAAGCAACUGACAGAAAUGCUUCCUAGCAUCUUAAACCAGCUUGGUGCAGACAGUCUGACUAGUUUAAGGAGACUGGCUGAAGCUCUGCCCAAACAAUCUGUGGAUGGAAAAGCACCACUUGCUACUGGAGAGGAUGAUGAUGAUGAAGUUCCAGAUCUCGUGGAGAAUUUUGAUGAGGCUUCCAAGAAUGAAGCAAACUGAAUUGUGUCAACUUCUGAAGAAAACUUGAAAAAGUUACUGGGAGCUGCUAUUUUAUAUUAUGACUGCUUUUUAAAAUUUUGUUCAAGGAUCUAAUAAGAUCUAGAUCUAAUAUUUUUCAGCUCAAACCCCUUGGACAUUGCAGCUCUUUUCAGUUUUUGCUUAUAUACAACUCAUUCUUUGCAGCUAAUUAAGCUGAAGAAGCCUGGGAAUAAAGUUUGAAACAAAGGAUAAUAAAAUUCUUUGCCUAGUAUAUAGUUUAAUUUUUUAUUUCAUUGGCACUGAUUUGUACACAGAAAGCAAACUUGUUUAUAGAAUGCUAAUCAUGACAUGUAAUAUGGCUGAAAAUCUUUGAUGGAAUUUGAUUAAAGAUUUGAAAUGACAGUAUAAUACAGCAGAGGUGGUAUAAAGUU